AACAGCAAGCAAAACAAAUGUCGCGAGGCAGGUAGACGGACAGAGGGCUGCACAGUUUCAAAGGCGUUUAGUGGACAUUAAGACUACACUUUGCUAUUUUCAGAAUGAACACCAAUUUGAAGCACUGGAAGGAGGCGGCUACUCUUAUUCUGGUCGCGGGCCACCAGCUGACAGCCGCGUCAGGGUCACCGCUGGGCAGCAGCUACGGACGGUCACACCUGCAGCACAGGACCCACUUUGAUUACGACGUGUUACUGCUGAAACGAAGCGGUAAAAGUGGUUUCAUGCCCAAUGCCUAUGUGUUUCCCGGCGGCAUGGUGGACUCCUCGGACUUUUCUAGUGAGUGGCUGGACAUUUUUAAAGCUUUCAGGAACUCUCCAGACUUUGGACUGAGAGGGGUCACCCAGCCGGUGGACACCAGACCUCCAGUGUACGCCACCGACCGACUGAAACUGGGCUCUGCUAUCUCAGGAGAGGUCGCCUUCCGGAUCUGCGCCUUGAGGGAGACGUUUGAGGAGUCCGGUGUGCUCCUGGUUGUGUCCAAACAGGAGGAGAAAAGGUUGUUAAAAAGCAUAGAGGACAGGGGUGCCACUGAGGAAGUGCUGCAUUGCAAAGUCAACGAUCUGUGCAGUAGUGAGCUCACCAGGUGGAGGGCUCUGGUGAACCAGAACCCCUCCAACUUCAUCAGGAUGUGCAGAGAGUUGGAGGUGCUGCCAAACAUCUGGGCUUUACAUGAGUGGAGCAACUGGCUGACUCCCAAAAGGAAAUUCACUACGAGGUUUGAUACAGCUUUCUUCAUCUGCUGCCUGCAGGAGAUCCCAGAGACACUCCAGGAUGAGAAGGAGAUAGAGCACUUUCAGUGGUCCACACCCUCAGAGGUUAUCCAGAGCUACCGGGCACGGGAGUUGUGGAUCGCCCCUCCGCAGUACUAUGAGCUCAGCCGCUUGUGCCGCAUCCCUUUGCUGAAGGACCUCCACAACUUCUCCAGCCAGCGUGCCACAGAGGGCUGCGAACAGUGGCUGCCUCUUGCCGUCCUUAAAGAUGAUGGCUACAUAUCACUGCUGCCAGGUGACAGUCACUACCGGUUGGAUGCGUCAGGAGAGGCCGUGGUGAAUCCCGACACAGACUGUCCGCUGGAGGAGCCUCAAGAUGAUUCUGCACUGCACCGCUUUGUGAGCUCAGAUCUAUACACUUUAAGUCUACAAGUAACCAUCACGCCGAAGUACAAUCAACUGGUUCCUGUUGAAGACAAAACCUUCCUGCAUAACUCAAAAAGUCAGCUUUGACUUGCCCUACCAGCUGUACGAGCCCUACAGCUCCUCUGUGCACUUGUAAUGAAGCAAGACAAGUUUACUGUUCUGAUAGUAUCAGAGGGGCCUUUGUCACAGCACAUAUUUCAACUUGUCACUGUGGGAAAAGGACAGAUGUUACAACAGUAACGAUGGCUGUCUUCUAAUUAUGUGUCUUACCACAAUGUCACAGUCAUUCAUCCAGGAAGCACAGAUGGAGGGCUGGGUAUUGGUACUCAGUGCUUUUCCAGUCAAAUGAUACCUGCAUUCAAUCCCUUUUGUAUCCAGAUCUAGAAAAAAAUGACUGUUUUUAUAUUAAUCACAGCCAAUCAGUGUUCCUCAACUUUAAUGUGACAUGUGAUUUGCCCUGUACCACAGCAGACACAACCCAUACAACCUGUGAUGUGGUGAAGUCAAGCGCGAUGGCAGUGAUGCCUCCAAAACAUUCAAAAGUAUGGCUAUAACCUACUACAUGCCUGUAGUAGAAAAAAAUACAUCAAAUAAGUAUUCUGUUAGCAUCAUUAUUACUUUAAGGGUACUGAUAUUGUUACUGGUAUUGUACUUUUUUGAUGCUAUACCCAGCCCUAGCUGGAAACUUGUGCCCUGUUUCCACCAAACACAGUAUGGUACCUUUGGAACCAAAAGUAACCCUUCAGACAUGGUACCUAGACCCUAGUGUUCCCACCACAAACAGUACUCUUAAAUGUCACUCUUAAAUGGGGUUGUUGUCACCCACUGCUCCGUCUAGCACUUGCUGUAUUUCCUCAUCACCGAUGACACAGAGGAAAGUCAGCACCUCGUUUAUCGUCCAAAGAACAGGGUUGCAUGCCGACAUUUUCAGAACAAAAUAGAACAGGCUGCAGUGACAGUCUCUCUCAAUGGGAUAUUUAAAAAUAGUGGGUUUGUGCUUUGUCCUUCUCAGGCAAGCUCAGGGGUUUAGUGUUGCCAGAGCCCACAGGAACAACACUCGGUGAAACUUUCUUUUUACUCCCAAGUGAGGAUUGGGAUAUACGCAGUUAAUGUAAUCCAGCCAAAAUUAAUAUAUGCAAAUGCUUGAAGAUCCACUCAUUACUAAAAGUGUAUGUCGUAUAAAAACUAAAAUAAUGGUCAAAGUUGUCACAUUGCAGUUUAAGGUGUGCUGAUGGAUUCACGUCACCAGCUCAUGCAUUGAGUAUCAUAACAAGUAAACAUUCCACCUUAAAAGUCGCCGGCAGUUAGCCCAGUGAAUUAAGUUAUUUUUUUCAGCAACUUUUCAGCUGCUGCCAGAGGCAGCAAAACAUCCUUUCAUUUUAUAGUUACAGUUUACUAAUAUAUGUAAAACUCUCCACAGUAUGAACAGUGGUUAAACGAGCCUCAAAACCAGCCACAACUCAGCCCUGAGCAGAGUGACUGUCCGCUAUUGACCAAUCAACGGACUGUAGUGUUCACAGCUCCACCUUUUAGUACCAGAUCUGUGUGCUAGGUACCCCAACAGAGGGGGGACCAAAUAUGGGGACGGUACAGAACGGUUCCAUUGGUACCAUCCACAACUUUUCACAGUGGAAAUGGAAAAAAAGCGUACCGAACUGAACCGUACCGUACUGCUCGGUAGAAACAGGGCUUUGGUGAAGCAGUGACUACUCGCAGGGCUAGUUAGUGAACUGGUGUAGCUUGUGAGCGUUUUAAUGCCGAUAUUGGCUGAUACCUAUGACGUGCUGAUAUUAUCGUGCAUCCCUACUCUACUGUUCCGUUUACUUCCCCCUGGCAUGUUUACCUUUGUGCGCCAGUAUGUUCAGCCACAACAUAUUGAAGCGGGAACAUUCAGCUCUCCAUGCUCUGAGCUCUUUUACUGUGACAUGUCAAGAUGUCCUCAGUGGUGAAAGGUUUGUUGUGUCCUUAACAGUGACAAACCUUGAUUUAUUUUCUCUGAGGAAUACCCCUGGUUGUAACCGUACUAUAUUAAUGACUGUUAAGCUGCUAUUUUUUCUCUUCCGUAUGACUCUUCUUCCAUUAUAUCACAGUUGUUGCCAUCAGAUCAGAAGACAACUGUCUCUCCACCAGCCUCAUCACUUGUUUAUUUUUAAUAUAACAAAUGUGUAAAUGACGAAAAAGAAGUGAUUACUAAUGGCCUUAUCGUACAAAUGUUUUACUCAGAGUAAUUUCUGUUUGCAGCACAUGUAAAAUGAAGUGUUAGUCAUCAGACUUGAAAUGAUUCAGGCGCCAUUUUUUUUUAGUGUAAGAUGCUGGGUUUGUUUUAUUAACGGGGCCUGUUCUAUUACAAUAUGCUGAUUACAACACGUGACAGUGAAAUCUGAUUUUGUCAUAUUUGUUUAUUGUGUUAAUGCUGUUGUCGGGGGGGGUGGAUAACAAGAUGACCACUUGUGUGAUGAAAUUUUUAAGAAUCAUGUUCUAUGGAAAUAAAUAGGUUUCUCAAGGA